AUGUCUAGGCUCGGAGCGGGCGUGAAAGCGCUCAUCAACGCGGCGCAUGCCCGCCCAGGCCCGGUUCCAGCUCCCCGCCAGAUCCAGUCGAUAUACAAGAAGAUAGAGCAGGAAGCGACAGCACACAAGCUGGGACGUCCCUCAUGGCUCGCCCUCUCCACAGCCACGACGAUGACGAUGAACUCUCCGGAGUCAAUGAUAGCGCUAUACAAGUCUGCCAGCGAAAACAAGCCCGAGAAGGAUGCCGUGGAGAUCGCAGAGUUGAUGCGCGAGGUCGGGCUCAAGUGCAUUGGCUUCAAUGGCGUUCCGCGCACGAUAAACAUGCUCAAUGCCUUCCGUGCCGAGCUUCCUUCCUCGAUUGUCUCCUCGCUGAACACCAAGCCGUCUCGUCUUCCUACCCAGUCCAACGUAGACUCGAUAAACUCGCGAGGCAAGGCAUUGUGGGAAUCGAUAUAUCGCCCGCUAGCCGACAAGCUUGAGCACAAGCUUGCGGACGCACAUCCCGAUCUACCAGUCUUCAUCAUAAGCAGCGAAUACGGCGCGCUCUUCAGCGACCCAGAACGCUCGACCGGCAAGGACGUCGGCAGGGUAACAACCAGCUUGUGCGCUAUUGCAUGCUUGCGAGCACAGCAAGGAGUGGGCCCCCAGGUGCUCAGCCAUGUUUUUGGCCUGCGCAAAGCCUGGGACGACGGCACAUGGAAGUCCGAGCCCGAGGCAGGAGAAGAGGAGGGUAUCAAGUGGCUGGUGAGCGACGAGGGUUGCACUUGGAUACUUCAGAAGGUCGAUGAGGUCGUCGAGGCGCUUGGUGGUGGGCAAGGCUCGACUUUUGCACCCGUCAAGGCGAAGCUAUGA